UAAAAAAAAAUUUUUUGAGAUUUGUACCACAGAUCUGGAAAAUCACAUGAUAUCCAUCAAAAGAUGGACAUUAUAACAAAUAAUAAAUAAAAGUUUUCGUCAAAAUUUAUUUUUGGCACCCGACGUUAAUAUAAAUGAGUAAACCAAGGCCUAGAUCAUUUUCUGCAACUCCUUCAGCUGAGCAGACCAGUAAAAAUGUUAUAACAGCAUCCGCUAAGGGGUUACUUACCGAGCAACAAGUUAACAAGCUAGCGAACAUUCGUCAAAGCACCAAUGGGAAAAGUUUCGAAUCGUCAACAAAUAAAUCACGCGUUUCUCAAUAUAAAUUAACCCCUGAAGGUUAUACCUCAAAGUCAUUUUAUGAUGAACGUGAGUUCAUUAGCGCGCCAUUAAAUUCUAGAGUUCGUUAUUCACCGACGCGGGACAUCAAUGAAAAAGAUUUGAAAAUAGGUUUAUUACCACUGCAAUUACAAGAAUAUGCAAUUAUCGAGGAUUUAUUAUUCGUGAUGAUGGUAUGAAAUAAAUUACUUAAGGAUAUUUAUUUCACUAUAGUAAUAUUGACACCUUCAAUACUACUAAAGGGGAUAGAAGGCAAAUGUAUCUUAAUGGGCAAAUCUGAAGAACAGACAGAAAGAUUCAACUAUUAUGUAGAUGAAUCACUAGGUAUUAAUUUUUCCUCAUUAGUAUAG